AUGAACAACGAAUACGACUCUGGAGAAGAAGCUGCAGUCGAAACUCUGUUAGGAAUGGCCCAUACGCGCGAUCAAUCAAACCGCAAUAUCCCGCCAUCAAGUCCUCGUCAUAGUGAAUCCGAAUUGGAAUCCGAUAUAGAAACGGAUACACCAUAUUCUCGACGACGUAGACUCAGACGCAGGCAGAUGCGAGUCGGCUUCGCGGAUCCUCUACAUCAAGACACACCAGAUAACGUAGUGCAAGCAAGACUAGCACCAGCGGUUGGUCGUCGACCUAUAAAAAAGGCAACAAAGUCGAAUUCAAAAGGCAGCUCUACUAGUGAUAACGGCAGAGCUGCUAGUUCGAAGACUACGAAAUCCGCGAAGACCACAAAGAGGGCAGGGCCUACGAAGGCUAAGCCUGUAGCAGCAGCGAAGAAACGCAAGCAAACGAAAGCAGUCUCUUUUCCACCAUCCACGCCGACUCCUGCCAGGGGGCGUACCUUUAUCAUUUCGGAUAACGACGAUAGUAGCGACGGCCAGGAUGAGGUAGAUUCUACUGAUGGUGUUGUUGAGUUACCUCGCAAGCGUCUGAAACGAGGUUCUGGUUUAGCAAAUGUCCAAGGGUUUGGUACCGGAUCUCAACCUGGGAUAUCAUCGCCUAUUGCCAGCCCUGCUGCGAAUUCAGCAUCUCAAUCAACCAAUAAGAUAUACAAUCUAUUCGGCAAGACUAUGAAGAACAUCCUCACGCUCAUUCCAUACCUUGAUGGGCUAGCACUUCCGAAGAAAAUGACAGCAGCGAGCCUUGUGGAUAUCAAUCGCGAGAAGAUUCUGGAGGUUGCGCAAUCUAUCGCCAAAUCACAAGCAAUGAAGCGGUUUGAACCUCUCGUCUAUCAUCAUGAGACGAAGGCUUCAUUCUCUGCAGCAAUGAUUGAUAGCCGAACGAAACCUGUGGUUGAGAACGACAUUGAUCUUAGUACUGAUAACGACGCUAAAGAAUUCCGCGCUGUUUUACACUAUCAGUAUCAUGAACUCAACCUACAAAACCUCAAGAUUACCAUUGAAGUUAAAUAUGGCACAACUUUCGAGCCAUUACCGACUCCAGUCCCUAUUCCCAGGCAAUCGACAACUGCUGCAUCUUCUGGCAGUACCCUAUCUUUGGCGCAUCCUCUUACUCCGGCGGUACAAGCGAUUACCACCGCCAAUACAGAUAAGAGCAGAAAAUCGCCAUAUGGAGAUAUCUGA